AUGAACAAUCAACAUCAGAAACCAGCUCGAAAAAUCCGACAAAAGCGCCCCCGCUUCGAACAGGCUGUUCACGACGGCACCGUUAACGACGAUGAUGAUGAAGGAGAAGGACCUCCGAGGCCCCGCCCAAAAUCCAACUAUAAGUCAUUAUACAAGUGGUGGAACGAUGAGUACCGUCUAGUUGCAGUCUGUGUUGCCGGCGCCAUCGCCUUGGGCAUUGUCUUCCAACAGUUUGACAACCAGUUGGUUCCUAAACUGCCAGGUGGCAUCGACUUCGAUGUUGUCAUUGUUGCCAUGUUCACCUGCGUCCGUGUUGCCAUGAGCGGUAUUGUAGAAUCUUCCAUCAGCCAGGCCGCUUGGAUCUGGGUGUCAGAGGCGAGGCAGCGUCGUACAAACGACAUGCGUGCCAAGCUCGAGGACUUCAAGAUAUAUGACGAGGCAUCUCGUGGGCUACAUCUCGCCUGUAUCGGCGCCAUGAUUGUUGUUCUGGUUCACGGGCUCGAAGCCUCUUCUCAACAGCUGUACCAGUACGAGGGUCAACCAUGGGAGGUUAACGAUGGCGAAAAGCCUCCCAUUGUGGCACCUCCUAGAAGCGAUUUCUGGGACUACACAGUAUCACGAGGCAUUGACCCGCUCCCCGUCCUCAACGUAUCUACCAAGGCUGCAGUAUACAGCGGUAUUUUAUCCGUUGAUGUAACAGAGCUGGAUGUUGAAUGCUCUGCUGUCAACUGCACCUGGCCCAUUAUUCCCACACUUGCGGUUUGCGGUGAAUGUAACACGAUUAGUGUUGACACUAUGUGUACAGACAAAUCGCAGAUGUGUCUUUACAGGAUGUCCUCAGGCACGUCGCUCGACGUCGCCCAAAAUGCGGCAAGCGCGGAACGUUUCAGGGUCACGGCAUCGCCCGGCACCCACCACCAUGUCAACUCAACAGACCACACUUAUAUAUCCGUGUUCGACGUGCUAUGGGUGUUGAAAAACAGGAAAGAAGCCAAUAUCAUCGGGCAAGAAUGUGCACUCUGGUUUUGCAUGAAGAGUUACAACAUAACAGUGACCGAAAGCCGCCUUAACCAAGCUCUUCGCGAAACCUGGAGCAAGAUGCGCUUCGAGGACGGCAACACUGCGCAUGAUAACGAAUACGUAUUUGUCGACAUACCAGCAAGCAUGAACGUUGCUGGAGAAUCUCGAUACAGCGUCACUCACCAGGCGCUAAUGGCGUUGCGAAGAUUCGUGGACCCGUUGGUAGAAGGCACGUACGAAAAGCAGAACACCAUCAUCAACUUCUCGUCAGAGUGGGCGGAAGGCGUGUACAACGCCCGACGGAACCUUCCAGCAUGGAUUCGCCGAUUCAGUAUCAGUCUCACAAACGAGGUGAGGCUCCACGGGAAAGUCCGGGAUAAGCAGAGACAUCGAUAUAGCGGCCGGGCGUACAAAAUCGCACAAGUUAUUCGUGUGGAUUGGAAGUGGUUAAUCUUUCCGACAGGCCUGAUUGUCGUCAGCAUCUACUAUCUCUUCCACACCAUUAUCAAAGGUGCUCGCGACGGUGUGUCUGUGUGGAAAAGUGAUUCGUUGCCGAUGUUAUUUUGUCGAAUCGACCCUUCGAUCCUCUCACAGGUCGGUGAUGGCAUGGAUCUGCCGAACGGACUGGACGAGCGUGUCGGAAACAUAAAGGUGUGUUUGUUGAGAGAGGAUGAUGGCGAUUGGGUCUUCAAGCCGAUCGAGAGCGAAGAAUCAUCGUCGGAAUCUGAAUCUUCGGAUUGA